UGAAAGUUGUAUCACUCAACUAAAACAUGAAGUGUAGAUGUACACCUUGUUCUGCAGACUGCAAGUUCUAUGUCCAAAGAUGGCCACUCCAAAGACCUCUAAAAAGCUUCAUGUUCACUUGUAUCAGCCCCAUGUGCACUCUGAAGCAAAUCGGUUGAGUUCCAAACAUACCAUCGUCGGUCGGUCACAAGCAGUGAUGAACUUUUCAACGCUCCUCCUGUUUGCGAAUACUCAGUCGAAAUCAUGUUUAGCUCAUCACUUACCACCUGAGCCUCUGGCCAAAAUCGAUUGCAACUCGUGCUGCUGAUAAGAUCGCUGCCAAGUUUAGGAUUUAGGGUUUCCCGUGAUCUUGCUGAAAAAGCUAUGUCCUGCUUCUGAUGCACACAUACGUGUCUCGGGAUCCUCCUAAUCGGGAGCGUAAUCGGAAGAUUAACUGCGUCAAAUCUGUAUCUUGGUCGUGGAUUCAGUGAUUUAGGCCUUUGUUCGUGUGUGGGGUUUGAAGUUACUUGUGGGGUCGGAACUAAUCUGAAGCAAUAAGGUCGAGGGAGUGUUGGGCUUUGUGGGUAUUGGUUUUGAUUGUCUGGUGUUGGAGUUGGGGUGAUGGCACAAUUGGUGGGGACGUAUGCCACCGUGCCCGGCACGGAGCGAGGGAGAGGCAUUCUUGUUUCGGGGGACCCCAAGUCAGGAUCAAUUGUAUAUUGCAAUGGUAGAUCGGUGAUUAUUCGCAGCUUGAAAGAUCCGUCCAAGGUGGAGGUUUAUGGCGAGCAUGGGUACGCUGUGACGGUGGCCAGGUUUUCUCCUAAUGGCGAGUGGAUCGCGUCGGGGGAUGUGUCGGGGACUGUCAGGGUUUGGGCCAGGAAUGAGGACCGCACCUUGAGGUUUGAGAUCCGGGCUUUGUCUGGAUCAGUUGAUGAUUUGGAUUGGUCACCCGAUGGUCAGCGCAUUGUGGUGUGUGGCGAUGGCAAGGGCUCAACGUUCGUUAAAGCAUUCUUGUGGGAUUCCGGAUCGACUGUUGGGGAAUUCGAUGGGCAUUCUAAACGGGUCUUGAGCUGUGCUUUCAAGCCGACUCGUCCGUUUCGCAUCGUAACUUGUGGAGAAGACUUUCUCGUGAAUUUUUACGAAGGCCCUCCGUUUCGGUUUAAGGCAUCGAACAGAGGUCACAGCAACUUCGUAAACUGUAUCAGGUUCUCUCCUGAUGGUAGUAAAUUUCUAUCAGUUGGCUCGGACAAGAACGGAUUUCUUUUCAAUGGAAAAACCGGUGAAAAGAUCGGAGAACUUUCCUCUGAGAAUGGUCAUAGUGGUAGUAUUUAUGCAGCUAGCUGGAGUCCCAAUGGGAAGCAGGUGCUUACAGUCUCAGCCGACAAAACUGCUAAGAUUUGGGAUAUUUCGGAAGAAGGCUCUGGAAAGGUAUACACAACAUUUUCUUUCUCUGAUGUCGGUGGAACCGAAGACAUGCAAGUGGGUUGUCUCUGGAUGGGUGACUACCUCAUUACAAUAUCUUUGGGUGGAGUGAUUAGCUAUCUUUCUGUUUCCGAUCCAAGCACGCCUUUAAGGUCGAUUUCCGGACACUUGAGGAGCAUUACAGCUCUCACAGUUGCAAAAGAGGGAGACACUACAAUGCUUUACUCGAGCAGUUUCGAUGGCGUUGUUAUUAAGUGGAAGGUAGGAUCAGGAUACCAUGGGCGCCUGCAAAAAAACGGGGCUCAAAAUCCUGCUGCUUUCAUGACUGUUCAAGGGAGCGACCUAAUUACUACUGGAUUAGACAACAAGUUUCGGCGUGUUCCGUUACCAGGUGACGCGUACACAGAGGCGGAAACUGUGGACCUUGGGUUGCUGCCACGAGAUUUGGAUGUGGCAUCCAAAUGCCCUGAGUUAGCGAUAGUGCCCGUAGAGAAGUCAGUAAUUCUCUUACGUCAAGGUGCAAUUGUAUCAUCAAUUGAUGUCGACUAUUCUGCAACAGCCGCUGCACUAUCCCCACAUGGUGAAGAAGCAGUGGUAGGAGGUCAAAAUGGGAAGCUCUAUGUGUAUUCUGUGAAGGGUGACACGUUAACUCAAGGGGUAGUUCUAGAGAAGCAUCGAGGGGAGAUUUCAUCUGUCCGGUACUCUCCAGACGGGACUAUGAUCGCAUCUGGGGACCUAAACAGGGAAGCUGUGGUUUGGGACCGCAUUACUUGGGAGGUGAAGGUGAAGAACAUGCUCUAUCAUACUGCUCGAGUCAAUGCUGUGGCGUGGUCUCCUGAUAGCUCCAAAGUUGCUACAACAUCAGUUGAUGGUUGCAUCUAUGUCUACGACGUCACUAAGCCGGCCUCUGCUCGCACGGCCAUUAGAAAUGCGCACUUAGGAGGCGCUUCAGCUCUUGUGUUCGUAGACUCUGGAACAUUAGCUAGCGGUGGAGACGAUGCGUGUGUCCGUCUGUGGACUGUCGUUUAAAUAUUUUUGUUCAUACAUUCAUGAGCGUCAGAGGGACUCAUUCUUUGAGGUGCAUUUUUAAGAUUUUCUGAUAAGGAAGGUCUUUAGAAGUAACUCUAUCAAAGGAUCUCCUCGAACAUGUAUUGUACAUUUUUAGAUUGAUGAUUGUGGUGAACGAGGUUGUUUUGGUUGACAGCAUCAUUUGAAUACAACUCUCGUCUAUUACCAGGUGAAUCAGCCUAUUGACAAUUA